CGCCGUCGUCGUCGUCCCCAGAUCGCGCCGAGACCAUCCAUGGCGCUGCGCACCAUCGCCGCGAGGACGCGGAGCUCUGCGCUCCGCCUGCCGUCCCCGGCCGCGCGCUUCUCGCCGCCGGCCGCCGCUCGCCCCCUCAACGUCGUGCCAGCGGGACGCCCUCGCUACUAUUGGAGAAAAGAUGCUAAAACAAUUUAUGAGGAAAAUUUAGAGUUGCUUGAAGGGGUGAAGAAGCAUGAGAGAUCUAUGAGGAGGAGUAUCCGGUUCCUGGAGGGGGCAAACAAAGGUCUCAGUUGGUCAUUCAAGUACCUCAUGCCUAUUCCCUUGGCUGCUGCUGUCCUGAAAGUGACUCAUUAGAGGAUUGGAUUGGCUGCUCUGUGGUAUUUGUCGCAAGUAGUAUUAUGGAACAAGCACUCUAAUGGCUUGCCAGAAGAAUGGGUCGGUCUGUCUGUCCGAAUGAUAUGUGAUGAGAGAACUAGUUCAUGUACUAUUUUUUAUGUCAGCCACUCAGCCUGCAUCCUUUGUCAUGUUUGAGCGCUAUGCUAAUGCUCUGCCAGCGGCUUGUUGUUCAAGCUCCAGAUAUAUGCUAAAUGAUCACUCAUUGAGAUGAAUGAGACUGUUGUCGCAUCA